AUGCACGGCUUCAAGUUGACUGGGGAGAACGUGGAGGCCACAAAAUCUGUCCCCGACUUCGAUCAGUCCACUCUAUUGACCAUGCCUGAACCUCCCGUCGUAAAGGCCGAGCCCGAUGCGACCAAGCCGAAGGCCAAACGCGCCUACAACAAGAAGAAGACCGCCCCCACCAAGGUCGAAGAGCCCGAUCGGGAGACCGAGACCAAACGCCCCGCCCCCAACACUACCAGCCCACCAAGGAAGAGAGCGAAGACUGCUCGCAACAUUCCCAGGAAGCUCCCUGGCAAGAGACAGUCGAAGCUUCUGCCCGAGUUCGACAAUAUCGCGGGCCAAUAUGGACAGUAUCUCGAGGAUCUGAGUACACGGGCGGUUAGUGCAAUGUUGGGCAAAGAACAGGACAAGACACCCGGGAGUGAGGUCGCCGAGGAGGCUGAGGCGAGCUCACAAGCUUCUACAACCGGAAUCGUUGCACCAACCACUUUCGCCCAUGUUGUUCAUAUCCAUGACGAUGGGGGAGACGAGGACUGA